GAGAUUAUUUUGCCACCACUGCCCAAGGGACGCGUCGCGCAAAACACCGUGUUUUUACACGGUGAUGUGCGCGGCAGACCGUAUCGAGUCGAAGAUUUCCGAGACGCGCUCGGACCUACAGGACUGCUGCCGGAGGUGUUGGCACUGGGGGCCUACCAGAUAAAUCAUGUCUGGGCAGUCACCAUGAACAACGCGGAUGCUACGAAACGCUUGCUGGAUGUGAAGGAGUUGAAAGUCAAGGGCCGACGCUGCAUCAUUGUAGACCCCCAGUAUCAGCAGGUGCGGCUGCGUCUUCAUUGGCUGCUGUACGGCGUCAACGAUGAAGACGUGCGAACGGCGUUGGCGGCUUAUGGGAAGGUCGUACGAGUCACAAGGGAGCAUUGGCGUGUUCAAGGUGUCAGCGACAAGGGUUCAACCACACGGACUGUGCUUCUUAAGCUCAAGAGUGGCGUGAAGGUUGAAGAUCUCCCCCAUCAAAUUAGGGUGGCUGGUGAACUGGCACUUGUGGUUGCACCUGGUCGGCCAAUGCAGUGUCUGCGCUGCCAAGGUACCGGCCAUGUUAGAAGAGAUUGUAAGGUACACCGAUGCUCGCGUUGUCGGCGGUUCGGCCACAGCGAAGAUGCGUGCAUGCGCACGUACGCAUCGGCUAUCGGACCAGCCGAAGGUGACGACACAGCAGAAAUAAACGAAGAAGUCAUUUCUUGGCCAGACAACCGCGAGCAAGAACGGAUCAAAACUAACUUUUUGAUAAGGAGCGAAGGUAAAUGCCCACGCAACACCAUAGGCUGUAUGAACGGUUGCCACAUAGAGGUUGAGAAGCCGGAGGAGUCACCGCAGUCGUACUUCAACCGCGAGAAACUUUCAUCGGCUGUGCUUCAGGGAAUAUGCAAUGACAGGGACAAGUUCAUUGACGUUUCAAUAGAAUUUCUGGAUCUGCAUACGAUGCCAGGGUGCUUCGUGAAGGCUCUUUCUUCGAGGUAG